AAUUUGAGUCCCCCGGCACUGCCCUCAAGCUGACUCUCCAACGCGUUGCCUUGACUCCUACGUUUCUCAUAUAGACGCAGGCGUAUUUUCUGCUACUCUCGUACACCGGACUCGCUACUACUUGCACGAAACAGUAUGGCCUUGACCCCGGAGGCGAUCGACGUCCGGAACGUCACAACCAUAGAAAGAGGGAUCACAAUGGAGAGUAGCGCGGUCUCUCUGAGUUCAGGUAAUGGACGGAACGACGCUGGUGGUACCCUCCCGAAGACGUAUGUUGUGAACAUGAUAGAUACGCCUGGGCAUGUCGACUUUUCCAGCGAAGUGUCGACCGCGUCGCGACUAUUAGAGGGCGUCUGCACGCAGACCAUCACUGUCCUGCGGCAAGCAUGGCAAGACCGUCUGCGACCCGUCUUGGUCAUCAACAAAUUCGACCGUCUCAUUACCGAGCUCAAGCUAUCCCCUGUGGAGGCGUACCAUCACCUGUCGCAGCUCAUCGAACAGGUGAACGCCGUGAUGGGUAGCUUCUUCGCAAGUGAAAGGAUGGAGGACGAUCUCCGGUGGAGAGAAGAGCGCGAACGCCGACUCGCAGAGAAGAAAGAAUCGCACGCGGAAGAGGUCGAUGCAGCCAUCAACGAAGCGGACGACUUCCAAGAGAGGGACGACGAGGACAUCUACUUCGCCCCAGAGAAGGGCAAUGUCAUCUUCGCCUCUGCCAUCGCCGGAUGGGGAUUCCGCAUAGGCAAAUUCGCCCACCUGUACGCAACAACGCUACGGACGGUGCUGUGGGGAGAUUUCUAUCUGGAUCCCAAGACGAAGCGGGUUAUCAGCCACAAGCACCUGCGCGGGCGCGCGUUGAAGCCACUGUUUGUUCAGUUUAUCCUCGAUAAUAUAUGGGCGGUGUAUGAUGCUGUACUUAUCAACCCAAACCCAGAGAAGGUGACGAAGAUUGUGUCGACGCUCAACCUCAAGAUCCCACCGCGCGAGUUGAACUCGAAGGACUCAAAACAACUCCUGACACUCAUUUUCUCUCAAUGGCUCUCGCUCUCUUCGUGCGUCAUCCAGGCUAUCGUCGAUGUCGUCCCGCCUCCGUCUGUCGCGCAACGAACGCGUAUCCCGAAAAUGCUCUACCCGGAUCUCUACGAAUCCACGGCCGAGCCGAAGAACAAAAUGGAAGAGAAUCUCUACUCGUGUAAUGCGAGCCCUGACGCAUAUGUUGCUGCACUGGUGAGCAAAAUGUUCGCCGUACCCGCGAAGGAGCUGCCGGGCAACAAAAAGAAACCACUGAGCGCAGAAGAGAUGCGCGCUAGAGCGAGAGCGGCGAGGGAAGCGCGGAGUGCAGCACAAGCUGCUGCGACGGGUGGCGAGACUCCUUCGACCGAGACGUCUUCUACGCCUUUGGAAGCCGCACUGGAGCAGAUGGCGGUAGAUGAUAAGGAGCCAAACGGCACGGGCGAACCUGUCGAGGCGGACGAGACGCUGCUUGGGUUCGCGCGCAUAUACUCUGGUACGAUACGCACGGGCACAACAAUCUGCUGCGUCUUGCCAAAGUACAACAGCGCGCUGGAACCGACGCAUCCGCGGAACGCGCUGCAUGUGGUCACUACGCGCGUAGAGGCUCUGUACGUGAUGAUGGGUAGGGAGCUCGUACCAGUAGACCACGUUCAGGCGGGGAACGUCUUCGCUGUACAGGGUCUGGAAGGCAAGGAGCAGGGUGUGCCUGAGGGUGCGGACCUUGGUCAAGUCAAGGAUUGUCUGAUCAACCUGGGCGGUAUCAUUCGCUACGCAGCACCGAUCGUUCGACUGCUCAGCCAGGCUGAUCCUUGCGUUGAGACGUUCCAGCAACAGACUGGCGAGCACGUCAUCCUGACUGCAGGUGAACUCCAUCUCGAGAGGUGUCUCAGAGACUUGCGCGAGCGUUUUGCCAAGGUCGAAAUCAACCCUUCCGAGCCUAUCGUACCCUUCAGAGAGACUGCGGUGCGGGCGCCUGAUAUGGCGCCGCCGAAAACGCCUGGUGCUAAAAGGGACUUUCUCCUAGACAACCUCGCGACACUCAAGCGAAUAGAAUUCGAAAAAAGCUCGACAGAGCGCGGUUCAUCCGCUCAUGCAGACGGCCUUGAGGAAGAGGACUACGAUACCCAGGGCGAGGUCAUGAGGAAGGCGAGCGUUAAGCCGGAGGAGUUGUGGAGAGCGCUGCAGCAGGCGUGUCAAGAAGUCGGCGGAGAGUGGGUAGAUGUUGUUGACAAGAUCUGGGCGUUCGGACCGCAGAGGGUGGGCAGCUGCAUGCUCGUUGACUUGCGUUCUGGCGGCCAGCCAAACUCCCUGAAGAGACGGCAGGAACACGACAAGAUAGGUGACGCAAACAAGGAUAGAGACCCCCUUCUACGUGACUUCGACAAUCACCUGGAAGCCGGGUUUCAGCUGGCAACCUUCCAAGGACCCCUAUGCGCGGAGCCAGUGGAAGGUCUAGCUUACUUCGUAGAGUCGGUCGAGGUUGACCGGGAAGGUAUCGAACAGGAGAAGUUACAUAACCGAAUGGCGCAGGUCACUGGCGCGUUCAUCACGUCAGUAAGAGAGGCCUGUCGGAACGGUCUCCUGGAUUGGUCUCCCAGGUUGAUGUUGGCCAUGUAUACCUGUGACAUUCAAGCAUCGACGGAUGUUCUGGGUAAGGUAUACGGCGUCGUUGCCAGACGCCGAGGCCGGAUCGUCUCCGAGGAAAUGAAGGAAGGGACUGAAUUCUUCACUGUCCGUUCUCUCCUGCCCGUAGUCGAGAGUUUUGGCUUCGCGGACGACAUACGAAAACGGACCUCAGGAGCAGCAAGCCCGCAAUUGAUAUUCAGCGGAUACGAAAUGCUCGACCUGGACCCUUUCUGGGUCCCGACGACCGAAGAGGAGCUGGAAGAUCUGGGAGAGAAGGCCGAUCGGUCUAACAUCGCAAAGGGGUACAUGGACUCAGUCCGAGAGAGGAAGGGCAUGUUUGUCGACAAGAAAAUCGUGGAGCAUGCGGAGAAACAAAGGACUCUCAAGCGGUGAGCGACGGGUGAAUCAGUCAAUGUUAGAAACAGCUGUAUCACGUAUGCCAGUGUACUGUAUUGUCUAUCACAUCGAUGUAGCGAUUUCAAUACUGUAUUGCUGUGGAGCAAGUUGCACUAGUUUGGAUUGUGACCGUGUACUUGAGUACCGUCGUUCCGAGCAGUACAACUUGCAAGGCCUUCCAAACCGGCUGGAUGACUUUCGCAGAAUACGAUGGUCUGAUAGAGCUGAUAUUCGGAAGCCAUUCGCAAAGGCGACGCUGCGCACAGAUGCUUGCUGGUAUUUGUAUAUUGUUAGGCAGCGGGUGGCGGUGUUCUUGUCGUCAGACUCGUCAGGGUGAGCGUCGCGGGAGUCGG